AUGGAUUUCAUUGACCUUGAAACGUUCUCUGCGGUCAAUUCGACUACAGAGCGUGGGUCUAAUGAUACGUUGCCAGAACCUUCGUCAACACUUAAUUUAUCUGCUUUCCCAGUGAGCUCUAAUCAAGACCAAGGCAGUUUCAAGAUCCCAGAUUUUCACAAGCGGAACCUGAGUGAGGUUGAUCCGAAAGAGAAUAUAUAUGAUCGUAUGGCCCAGCAUGCGACACUGUUCAUGAAAAAGCUCGACCUUGAUGUAACUGAAUCGAUUGUUACUGAUGAUUCAAGAAAAAUUACUUCACAGUUCACAGAGCCAACCAAGGCGUCCUUACCGGGUCUAGAAAUUGAUGACCUUGUGUCGAACAAGAAAGUAUCCGCCUCCAAAAUUACGGAUCAAGUUUUACUUCAAAAGUUGUCAAGGGUGCUCAACGAAUAUACUGUGACGAAUUAUCAUACAAGAUCGCAGAUCAGAAAAUCAUUACAAUCCUUAGAAGAAAACAAGGAAAGAUUGAUGCUUGAUGAUGAGAAGCUGAUCGAUCCUGGUUACGUUGGAAAUCUAGCUAGGAAAUCUAUGAGAAGUGAUCUCGAGAGCGAGCUACUAAAAGAUCAUCUAACUAUCUUGGAAGAGCUCACCCCCAUAAUAAGGAGAAUAAAACGGCUGUCUACUUCAGUCGAGAAAAUCAAGAACGUCGGACAUACAAUUAUUGAUGAUACCGGUAAGACACCUACAGAUAAGAAGGAGCAAACUCUUGAGAAGAAUAUCGAAUCGCUGCAGUCAGAUAUCAAACACUUAAAGUUAAAGAGACAGAUCCUCUUUGCCAUAAAAGAUCAGUUCACGUUGAACCAAGUUGAAGAUGAUAUUGUUACUAAUGGACCAGUCGGCGCUCAAUUUUUCGAUGUUGUAGCAAAGGCUAUGAACAUUAAAGAAAAAGCGACAGUUUUAUUGACUUUGCCCAAUUCGAAUGCAGGUAGUUCCCUGAUUGUGAAGGUGAAUCAAAUUUUAGAAAAUGUGAACAGGAAAGUUUUCAACUACUUAGUCGACUUCUUAUACAGCUACGAGUCCGGGCUUAAUGCUUUCAGUGAAAGAUCUUUUUCUCCCAAUAGUGCAGAUCUAGAUAUAUUUCGGACUAGUUUGAUUUAUCUGUCCAGCGACCUGGAGUACUUUAAUGAGUUUCUCAAACGAGUAACUACGAUGCGCACAAAAAAUGUGCUGGACGAUUUCUUAUCACAAUUCGAUUACAAGACCAAAGAUUCUAGGCCGCUUUUACUGUCAAGUGGUGAUCCACUGCGAUAUAUUGGAGAUGUGUUAGCCAAUGUUUAUGCUUCUAUUGCCAAUGAAGCUGACUUUGUCAAAUCGCUGUUCAAGUUUCAGGGUGAAUUAAUUGAAAGUUCCAGCUUUACAAUUUCGCAGCAGAGCAAAGAGUUUCUUCAUGGUUUAGACGGAAAGUUGCUGAAUGAAAUAAUCAAGUCACUUGCAAAUGCUUGCCGAAUUAGAGUUGAGCAGGUUGUAAAAUUCGAGCAAGAUCCGGUUACCAAUUUACAGAUUUUUAGGCUACUCAAUCUCUAUCAAUUGAUGUUCAAAAAGCAAGGAAUUAAUGAAGAAAACAUAUUAGUGAUUGAAUUAAAAACUCUGCAAGAAUUGUCAAAGGACCAGAUAGAAAAAUAUUUUGUCAAGUGUAUGAAUGAAAUUCCCUCUGUGGAUAAUACCGCUACAGACUUGAUGCCGCCAGAGUGGCUCCAGGAAUACAUCAAUAAACUAGUUGAGCUCUUUGAGGUGUACGACCGUGGAAGAAGCCCCGACGCUGAAGAAGCACCGACUAUUGACUUUGAGAAAUUUCUCAACAACGCCCUUGAAAAGAUGAUAGAAAACAUUCUAUUGAAAGGAUUGCAACAAGCUUUCCCACUCGCGAAGAAAAAUGACGAGGCCCGAUCUUGCUUGUUGACAGUACAAAUUAAUUCAUUGGACCUGAUUAAAUCUCGUCUACAGCCCUUCACCAGUACCAUAUUUGCUUUUAAUGAGAGAACUGCCGGUAUCUGGAGCGGUAUCGAAAGGAAGAUAGACGAUGCUGUCAGCCGUUUGUUAGAUCUCCAAGUGAAAUUGAUAUUUGAAAAGACAGGCCUCAGCUUAUACUACAAUCUAUUCAAUAUGAUAUUCCCUAUUACCUCGGUUCAGGAUGAGUUAGAUUAUGACAUGUACCUUUCCCUAUGUGAAAACCCUUUAAUGAAGCUCGAAACUAUUCGUGAAAAGGUAAAAGGAAGCCUGAAUGAAUACGCCCCACAGGCCUUAACUGACGUCCAAGCAAAUCUGUUAUUUAGGCUAACGUCGCCAGCCAUUGCCGAUUAUGUCUGUGAUUCAUGUCUCGCGAAGUUAUCCCUCUUUUAUGUCACUUUCAGAAGGGUAUUGAUGCAUUUAUAUCCUGAUAGAAUAGAGGAUAUUGCCAGCAUCCUGAACUUUUCAGAAGAAGAAUUUAAAACUUUAAUAGGUAUACAUUAG